AUGGGCUCUAGGUAUACUGAUGCGGAAUGGUCCAUGUUCAUUGAGGAGGUUGAGCAUGACCUGAAGGUGUCGUCGGAGCCGUACUCGUGUCCCAGCAUAAGGAGUAGUGGCUUCACGAAGACGAUCGACCAUACGCUGCUUAAGCUAGAGACCAAGGCUGUUCAGAUCGAUGAGUUGUGUGCAGAGGCCAGAGUUAAUGGCUUUGCUAGCGUAUGCGUGCGAGCAAACUUCGUCCACCAAUGUGCCGCCGACCUCAGAGGCUCCGGGGUCAGAGUAGCCUGCGUCGUCGGCUUCCACGAAGGCACGCAUGAUCUCCUCUACAAACUACAAGAAGCCAAAACCGCCAUCCAAUCCGGCGCAGACGAACUGGACAUCGUAAUCAACUACCUCGAACUCCAAGCCCGCAAAUACAAUUCCAUCUACCAGGAACUCGUCGCCCUGCGCUCGCAAGCCCAACACCCGGUCCAGCUCAAACUCAUCCUCGAGACCUCACAGCUCAAUCGAUCUCAGAUCAUCGCCGGCUGCGCAAUGGCUGCCGCAGCUGGGUUUGACUUCGUCAAGACGUCGACUGGAUUCAAUGGACCGGGCGCUACUGUGGAGAAUGUACGGUUGAUGGCUGCGUGUUGUCAGAAGUUGGCGGAGGGCAAUGGGCCGGGGCGGAAGCGCAUGCAGGUGAAAGCUUCAGGUGGGAUCCGGACGCUGGAGGACGCGGUGAAGAUGCUUGAAGCAGGGGCGAGUAGGCUGGGGACUAGUGGAGGAGUGUGGAUUGCUCGAGAGGCGAAGGAGAAGGCGGAGCAGGGGAUGAGUACCAAUGGGGCGGUGUAUGGGGAGGGGAGGAGACCGAGUCUGCAGACGAGGUUGUUUACUGACUACUGA